AUGGCGAGGCUCCUACGCGUCGUGGCGGGCAAGUGCUCGGCCCCUGGUUUCAGCGGAGUUUUCUGCGCCGAGCUGCAGAGCGGCGUCGCCAUCAAAUUCUCAUGGCUUCGCUUUUUCAGGACCAUCAAGCUCUCGGGCGGAUGCGCCGGUCCAGCCGGUACUCCGUACAAACAACUCACAGUCGGCGUACCAAAAGAAAUCUUCCUGAAUGAGCGUCGCGUGGCGCUUUCCCCCGCUGGUGUCCAGGCUCUCAUCAAACAGGGCUUCAACGUCGUCGUGGAGACGGGAGCCGGAGAGCCUUCCAAGUUCCACGAUGAGCACUACACCCAGGCUGGAGCAACAAUUAAAGACAUUAAGGAUGUCUUGGCAUCAGAUGUGCUGGUUAAGGUUCGCGCUCCCGUUUUCAAUCCUGAAUUGGGCGUCCAUGAGGUGGAGAUGAUGAAGGACGCGGCCACUUUAAUCAGCUUCAUCUACCCAGCUCAGAACCCUGAGCUGAUGAACAUGCUGUCCCAGAAGAAGGCCACCGUCGUGGCUAUGGACCAGGUGCCCAGGGUCACCAUCGCCCAGGGUUACGAUGCACUGAGCUCCAUGGCAAACAUUGCAGGGUACAAGGCGGUUGUGUUAGCAGCCAAUAACUUUGGUCGCUUUUUCACUGGACAGAUCACAGCAGCAGGGAAAGUGCCACCUGCAAAAGUUCUGAUCAUUGGAGGUGGAGUGGCUGGAUUGGCUUCAGCCGGUUCUGCCAGAGCCAUGGGAGCCAUCGUCAGAGGAUUUGAUACCAGAGCUGCAGCUUUAGAACAGUUUAAAUCUCUGGGCGCAGAGCCACUGGAAGUGAACAUAACGGAGUCCGGGGAGGGUCAAGGAGGCUACGCCAAGGUUAUGUCGAAGGAGUUCAUAGAGGCGGAGAUGAAGCUGUUUGCCAAGCAGUGUCAGGAGGUGGACAUUAUCAUCACCACUGCUCUUAUCCCUGGAAAGCGGGCACCCAUCUUGAUCACCAAACCGAUGAUCGAGAGCAUGAAGGAUGGGUCUGUGGUGGUGGAUUUGGCUGCUGAGGCCGGAGGAAACAUUGAGACCACAGUACCCGGAGAGCUGACGGUGCACAAGGGUGUAACCCAUAUCGGCUACACAGACCUGCCCAGUCGCUUGCCAACGCAGUCCAGCACGCUGUACUCAAACAACAUCACCAAGUUGAUGAGGGCCAUCAGCCCCGACAAGGAGAACUUUUACCUCGACGUCAAGGAGGCGUUUGACUACGGGACCAUGGAUCACGUCGUCAGGGGAUCUGUUGUCAUGCAGGAUGGAAAGAACCUGUUCCCCGCUCCCCAGCCUAACAAUGUGCCCGUUGCAGCUCCUCCCAAACCCAAAUCCCUCCAGGAACAGGCGAAGGAGAAGGCUGCGCUGGUCUCCCCCUUCAAGGCUACACUCACUACUGCUGGCAUGUACACUGGAGGUGCUGCCACCCUGCUGGGUCUGGGUCUGUCCGCUCCGAACGCCGCCUUCACGCAGAUCGUCACCACCUUCGGUCUGGCUGGCAUCGUGGGAUACCACACGGUGUGGGGAGUCACUCCUGCUCUGCACUCUCCACUCAUGUCGGUGACCAACGCGAUCUCAGGUCUGACUGCUGUGGGUGGUCUGUCCCUGAUGGGAGGCGCCUACACCCCAACGAGUUCUGCCGAGACACUGGCUGUGCUGGCGGCCUUCAUCUCCUCGGUCAACAUUGCUGGUGGUUUUCUGGUGACUAAGAAGAUGUUGGACAUGUUCAGGCGUCCCACUGAUCCUCCGGAGCAUAACUACCUCUAUCUGCUUCCUGGAGGCGUCUUCCUCGGGGGCUACGGUGCCGCUCUGCAGUCUGGGUACAACAUCGAACAGAUGAUGUACCUGGGCUCGGGUCUGUGCUGCGUCGGUGCCCUGGCUGGCCUUUCCAACCAGAAAACAGCCCGUCUGGGUAACGCUUUGGGUAUGAUGGGAGUUGCAGGGGGGAUCAUUGCCACUCUAGGCGCCCUCAAACCGAGUCCCGAGCUCCUGGCGCAGAUGAGCGCGGCCAUGGCUGUAGGUGGCACCACUGGCUUGGCCAUUGCUAAGAAGAUCCAGAUUACUGACCUGCCCCAGCUGGUGGCUGCCUUCCACAGCUUGGUGGGGAUGGCCGCCGUGCUCACCUGCGUGGCCGAAUACAUGAUCGAGUACCCCCACUUUGCCACAGACCCUGCAGCCAACCUCACCAAGAUAGUCGCGUACCUCGGCACCUACAUCGGCGGAAUCACUUUCAGUGGCUCUUUGGUUGCGUACGGCAAACUGCAAGGUGUUCUAAGCAGUGCUCCCCUGGUGCUCCCUGGUCGGCAUGCUCUGAACGCCACUCUAAUGGCAGCCAGUAUUGGUGGGAUGGUUCCCUACAUGAUGGAUCCCAGUUACAUCACAGGCAUCACCUGUCUCGGAUCUGUCUCUGCUCUCUCCGCUGUCAUGGGUGUAACUUUGACGGCAGCUAUUGGAGGCGCUGACAUGCCGGUGGUGAUCACCGUGCUGAACAGUUACUCAGGCUGGGCCCUGUGCGCCGAGGGCUUCCUGCUCAACAACAACCUGCUGACCAUCGUCGGCGCGCUCAUUGGGUCGUCCGGAGCCAUCCUGUCAUACAUCAUGUGUGUGGCUAUGAACCGCUCACUGGCUAACGUGAUCCUGGGAGGCUACGGCACGUCCUCCACCGGCACGGGAAAGCCCAUGGAGAUCACAGGGACGCACACCGAGGUCAACGUGGACCAGACAGUCGACAUGAUUAAAGACGCCCAGAGCAUAAUCAUCACUCCAGGGUAUGGACUCUGCGCUGCAAAGGCCCAGUACCCCAUUGCUGAGUUGGUGAAGAUGCUCCAAGAAGCUGGCAAGAAAGUCAGGUUUGGUAUCCACCCUGUGGCCGGUCGUAUGCCGGGUCAGCUCAAUGUGCUGUUGGCCGAAGCUGGUGUCCCGUACGAUAUUGUCCUGGAGAUGGAGGAGAUUAAUGAAGACUUCUCUGAAACUGACCUGGUCCUGGUGAUUGGGGCCAACGACACAGUGAACUCUGCCUCCCAAGAAGAUCCCAACUCUAUCAUUGCGGGAAUGCCCGUGCUGGAGGUCUGGAAGUCUAAGCAGGUGGUUGUGAUGAAACGUUCCCUGGGUGUGGGAUACGCAGCUGUCGACAACCCGAUCUUCUACAAGCCCAACACUGCGAUGUUGCUCGGCGACGCCAAGAAGACGUGCGAUGCCCUUCAAGCCAAGGUCCGCGAUUCCCAGAGCCAGUGAGGCGGACGCCUCGACCAAGAGCACACGUGGAGCGAGGAAGGUGCAAGACGAUGAGUCGGCGUUUCUCCCAAAAGUAUCUCCACAUCAAGAUGACCAUUGUCCGGUUGUGACUCCGCUCGUUGAGCAAUGACGAUUCAAACGUUUUUGGCGCACCCUUCCUAUUGUCUAUAAAUAAAAUAAGUUUCGAUGCUGUAAAAAGAAGCACGCUUGCGCGAUAGGAGCCAAGCAGGCAUAACUUUUAUUUCUAGAUAUUAAAGGAAGGAUGGGUCAACCAUUUACUGUGGAAUCUGGGGAGCAACCGACGAUGUCAUCUUCAUCACACCGGUAUUAAUGUAAAGCAAUGCAACAUCAGAAAUGUAGAUGCAGACAAGUAAAAUUUCACUUACGUUUUUAGGAAAUUGUCAAUAGAUGAUAAAUGUUUAGAGUAAUUGAAAAUGAAGAAAAGCAGUGUGAUAAAGGUGAAACCCAACAGAAAGAAACAUAGGCACCAACGGGUUUUUUUCCUCCAAUUUUCCUGUAUUAUUGUACGGUAAUUUGGUUUUCCCUUUUUAAAUACAGAUCAUACAUACAGGUCAUUUUACUGUCGUGCUAAUGUCUCACCGUUUACUGUUUAAGUAACUACAAAAAAAGCAGAACAGUAGAAACAUUUUUGUAAAGUUUGAUCAUUUCCACUUUUAUAGGAUACUAAGAUUUUUGUAUUCGGUCUAAUAUAAUAAUAAUCAUGUUUAGAAGGCAUCGCCAGCCACUUUUGUCUUGUCACGUCCACCUAUGCCUCUAGUGUAGCAGUCGCACACAGAUUAAAAUUCAACCCGCUUCUAUGGAGCAUUUAUUGCAAUGAACCAAAUGGAUCUGACCUUAUUAAGCAUGACUCCACCGCAGUAAUGUAAUGCUAAGAGAGCCUGCACCACUCCUGCAUCAAACACUCUUGUGUAGCUGAAUGGAUUUAAUCAUGUUUUUGAACCAGGUGCAUCAAAUCAUCCUGUUCUGAUGUUACAGUACAUGGGAUGCUGGCAUUUUGGCCUUUACGGUAAAGAAGGAUGUUAUUUUUAUGAAGUCUAUGUGGCUCCAUCCCCUCCAAUUUGACUGUCAUUAUGUUUCUAAAGGGAAAUGAAGGAUUGUUUUGUAAACGUAAACCUGACUUGUGCGAGGAGUCAAAAGCAAAAUUGCACUUGAUUCAAAAUACAUAAAUUGUUUAACAUUGUCACCAACAAUUUCCAAAUUGUUUAUCAUUUGCUGUAAUCGUAAAGCCCAAAUGUCCCUUUUGGAUUUUACUAUUAUAAAGGGAAUAGUUACUGAUAACCUUCAAAGAAGUUUUGAAAGAUCACUAACAAAAUGACCACCUCCCACUCUACACUUAACUAUUCUGAACCAGAAACUCAGUCCUUGUUUGAUUAGUAAAUAGUGUUCUCUGCCAUCACCUUUUUCAUGCAUUUCACGCUUUUGAUGGUACACGGUUGGAGGAACAAAUGGUUACCGGUUAGCAGUCUCUAGUGCUGUAAGAAGUUAGAUGUAGUUUCAUCCUGGGACCUGAUGCAUUGACCAACUAUCCUACCUCUACCUAAAACGACCAAUAACAGAGGACUGUCAUCUGACCAAUGAUGGUUGUUUAAAUUUCCCACAGGACGACUAACCGACAAGUCUUUUCCAUCCACACCCUGAAAUUCAACCAGUCGACUGUCACGUGUCUUAAACUCGACCAUUUGCCUCUUGUGUUCUCAUCGCGUUUUCAACCAUCAGACCUCAGCCUGCGGCUCAAUAGUUCAGUGUGUGUGUUGUGCACGAGGGGGUUAUUUUUCUCAUGAAUACAUUCUCUUACAACUUGAGAUUUUGCUUACUUGCUGUACCUUCUUGCCAUUUUCAAGGUAUUGAUCAAAUUAGAAAAUAUUAAUAGUUCUGCCAAUGUGCACCCUUAUGCCCUCGACCUUUUUGUCUUCAAAAGGAAGUAUUUUUGUAAAGCGGCACCAUGUUUGUGGGUUUUGAGGUUGUACAAUGUUUCAAUGCAACGUUUAGGAGAGGACAUGUACUGUAAAUGUUUUUUCCCUAGUUUAUCAUGGAACAAUUUCAUCCCUAAUAAAUCUGUAUUUACACUCUU